UUGAAAGAAAGGAGCUUUAGUGGGUAAGGAAUAAAUAGAAAACAGGGUCCAGGAGGUGAGGGAGGAGGAGUAGAGAGAGCUCUACAGUUUUUAUGAUGAAUUCUAGUCUUUUUUUGUUUGUUUGUUUUGCUUAUGUCUCACUACAUUAGAUUACUUUGCCCCACCACUGUGUCUGUCCCGUUCGUAGGCAUUGGUCGGGUGAGGGGGAAUUUCAAAGUAUGGUGGUUGCUGGAGUAAAGAAAUUCAUUUGGCUUUGAAUACUGCAGGGAUUUAGGAGGGAGAUGGAGGUGAGAGAGAGGGUAGGCAGACAGACACACACACGCAGGGAAAGAGAGAGAGAGAGAGAUGGAGAAAGAGAUAGGACAGACGGAGAGAAAGAGAAGGGGCAGGAGAGAGAAACAGAGAGGGGAGUGAGAGAGGAAAAUAGACAGAGAAAGAGAGAGAGAAAGAAAGAAAGAGAAGGAAGGGCUAGUCAAUAGACUAACGGGAUAGAACGGGUGGGGAAAACGUAGCGGGGGUAAGAAAAUAAAACAUUUAACCUUGAGUGUUAUGAAUAGGCUUUCAGUUAGUAAGUUAUGAAAAGCCGAAUUUUGUAGUUACGACAUUGUGACAAAUUCGACGAGACAGUCGGGGAAAUGGUUUACAUCAAUGCUAAAUCAUUUCUAGUUAAAGAGCGGAAUAUUAUGGUGGCAAAUGUUGUCCGAAUAAACAAGUUGGUGUUUUUGUUUCUCGGGUUUCUUGGUGUUGUUAUUGUCUACUUCUUAAUCAAUUUAAAUCCAGUAGCCAUGAGUUCAGAACACACGUCUAGCAAGCUUCACAAAAGAAUUACAUGGCACAACCAGGCCUUCGUUAAUGUCCCGACAGAAAUUGUUGAGGCAGCGAAAUCCAUAAGUGUAAAUUCUGAAAUGAUUGAAAUGGUAUACCAGUCUGAGAACAUUGUCAUAUCCACAAAGGAGGCAGUUCCAAAAAAGAUGCCAAAAGUGGAGGUUCUCUUGUUGCAUGGUGCUGCAUUCAGUUCACAGAACUGGCAGGACAUUGGCACACUUCAGUUCCUUGCUGCAGCUGGCUACCAAGCAGUUGCAAUCGAUCUUCCAGGUAAAGGCAAAAGUACAAAGAUUUCAGUCACUGAUGGCGGUGAUUUCCUUGACAAAGUAAUUGAUUUGGUGGAUAUGAACAACCCUGUUAUCAUCAGCCCUUCCAUGAGUGGCAUGUACUCCUUACCAUUUUUGAUGGAUUCCGCUGGCAAACGGUUGAAAAGUUCAAUUGGCUAUGUUCCAAUUGCUCCAGUGUUCACAGAAAACUAUACCAAAAAGGAGUAUUCAAAAUUAAAGAUCCCAACAAUGAUCGUGUGUGGUUCCCUUGAUGUGUCUUUGGGACCCGUGUCUACCAAGAAUUUGAAGCAAUUACCGAAUAGUGAAGUUUUCAUUCUGGAAGGAGCAGGGCAUCCUGCAUAUCUAACUCACACUGAUGCUUUUCAUAGAUUACUCUAUAAUUUCCUUCUGUCUAUAGCAUCAUCGCAGAACUAAGAGACUGGUGAAAGAUAAUUAUUUUACUAAACAAAAGGAGAAACAAAGUAAAAAAAAUUUUUUUU